UGGCAACGAGGAGCUGCAUACAAUUAAAUAAGAGUUUAAACAGCGCGUCAGGCGACCAAAAUAAGGAAGUGGUUUUAAAGCGAGCUUUCUUCGUGGUUUUGUGCACUUCGUACGUUACGAGCGGCCGCUGCAGGCUCCCACGGACACCAUGGUUCUUCUGAACAGAUGAGAAUAUGCAACAGAAAUGACCACUGAGCUGUAGACGAGCGUAGGCUGCGUGGCUCACUAAAACUACUUCACUACCUCUAUUGUCUAAAAGCCAGCCGUCCAUAAGAUGGGGCAUCCUCCUCUGGAGUUUAGUGAGUGCUAUCUGGACAGUCCGGACUUCAGGGAGACUCUUAAGUGUUAUGAACUGGAGCUGGAGAGAUCCAGCAAAUUUCUCAAAGAGUUGAUAAAAGAUGGAAACAGUGUUAUCACUGCAAUCAAGGGCUAUUCUGUGGCAGUUCAGAAGUUUUCCCAGACUCUCAGUGCGUUCCAGUUCGACUUCAUCGGUGACUCCUUGACAGAUGAUGAGAUUAACAUUGCUCAGUCGUUCCAGGAGUUUGCUGGACUCCUGCAGGAAGUGGAGGAUGACAGGAUGAUGUUGGUGCAGAACGCUUCUGAUCUGCUCAUCAAGCCGUUAGAAAAGUUCAGGAAGGAGCAAAUAGGAGUAACAAAAGAAAAGAAAAAGAAGUUCGAGAAAGAGAGUGAAAAAUAUUACUCGCAGUUAGACAAACAUCUGAAUCUUUCUGCCAAGAAGAAAGAGACUCAACUUCAAGAGGCUGAUGAACUCUUGGACAAAGAGAGAGUGAACUUCUAUGAUUCCUCAGUGGAGUAUGUGUACCAGAUCCAUCAGGUGCAGGACAGGAAGAAGUUUGAUGUGGUGGAGCCGGUGCUGGCAUUUCUACACAGCAUUUUAACGCUCAAUAACCUGACAGUGGAAAUGACUCAGGACUUCAUGCCUUACAAACAAGAGCUGCAGCUCAGCUUGCAGAACACAAGGAACCACUAUGAGAGCACUCGCGAGGAGAUGGAGGAGCUGAUGAAAAGAAUGAAACACCCGUCUCAGAUCAGUAAAAUGCACAGUCUUCUUCCAAUGGAGGGUUACCUGUACUGUCAGGAGAAGUGGGCUCUGGGCGUGUCAUGGGUAAAAUACUAUUGCAAGUAUCACAAGGAGGGGAGACUGCUGGUCAUGGUACCUUGUGAACAGAAACCUACAACUAAACAGGGCCCUACGCAGCUGACACUGAAAUACUGCAUCCGCCGGAAGACUGAAUCCAUAGACAAGCGCUUUUGCUUUGACGUGGAAACAAACGAGAGAAACACCCCCGUCACUUUCCAGGCUCUUUCGGAGGGAGACAGGAAGUUGUGGAUGGAGGCCAUGGAUGGAAAAGAGCCAAUCUAUCAUUCCCCAAUUCACAAGCAAGCUGAAAUGGAACUGAACGAGAUUGGAUUUAAGUUUGUGAGAAAGUGCAUCAACUACAUUGAAACAAAAGGAGUUACACAAGAAGGAGUGUACCGAACAGUUGGCAGCAACAUCCAAGUGCAGAAGCUUUUAAAUGCCUUCUUUGGUCCCUCAAACACUGGAGAUGUGGCUCUCCAGGGCAGCGACUGGGAUGUUAAAACCAUCACAAGUGCAUUGAAGUUUUAUCUAAGGAGCCUUUCUGAACCUCUGAUGACCUACAGUCUGCACAGAGACCUCAUGUGCGCUGCAAAGUCAGAUAAUCUGGACGUUCGACUAAGUGAAAUUCACUGCCUGACCUACAAACUACCAGAGAAGAAUCGGGAGAUGCUGGAGAUGCUUAUUAAACAUUUGGUCAAUGUAUGCAGUCACAGUGAAGAAAACCGUAUGACCCCUUCAAACAUGGCAGUUAUCUUCGGACCCACGCUGAUGAGAGCAAAAGAGGAGACUGUGGCAGCCAUGUUGGACAUCAAGUUCCAAAAUAUUGUUGUUGAGAUUCUGAUUGAGGAAUACAAAAAGAUCUUCAGUUGUAUGCCAGAGGACAGCACCGCCCCACCUGUCCCUCCUCCACGCAUCACCCCGAGAAAGCGGCAACCCAUCACAAUCUCCAAGCGGCCACCUCGUGCCUACCAAUCUUUUAGUCCUGACCAAUUCCAACACGCAGCGAAUGGCCAGAAUGACAGCUCUAUUGCGGAUAGGGAAGUCUCAGCAAACCCUGUCCCCCUGCAGCGGACCAAAUCUGUUCCAAGAGAACCUCCUCCGAGACAAGCAUUACUGCCCAGACCACCUAAUCGUCAGGACAGACAAUCAGACUCUGAUGCCGGAAAGAUAGACAAUUCAAAGCAAAGGCCAGAUUCUUCUUCUGCGGCAAAUGGGGAGUCAGGAGUCUACGUGAGCCGAGUGCCAUCUUUCCAGAGCAGAAGACCAACUCUGAAAGGCACAUCGGCCAACAGAGAAGGUGAUUGUGAUGGUCUGAACAAAACGAGGUCAACAGAGAAACCUGCCAUUUGUAGACCUCCAGUCAGGCCUCCUGAGCCCCCCUCCAGACUCCCCCCUGUACAAGAGCCCCCCUCCAGACUCCCCCCUGUACAAGAGCCCCUCUCCAGACUCCCCCCUGUACAAAAGGCCCCAAGUUCAAACACCAGCGAUGGCACACAGACAUCCUAUGUUGCCUCUAAAACAAAGUUUUUUGAGAAUGCUUCUAGACAAACUGGCAGUCCACCACUUUCUCCACCACCAUCAGCAAUGUCAAAUGUCAAAAAAGAGAAUUAAAUGUAAGGAGACUCAGGCCACAUCAUGUGACCUCUACAUGUGCUGUUAGACGCACACUAAUGGACUCAAUCGAUCCAGAUCUUACUGGAUAGAUGGAGGAAAUGGCUCUCCAUAGAACUGAAUGAAUUUAUUUGGUUCUGUUUGAUUUGUAAUCAAUAAACUCGUGUUGUACAGGAGAUACAGCGGCAAAUUGACUUUUGAACGAGAUGCAAAGUUAUUGUUCUAGUGAUUGAACAUUAUUCCAAAGUUACAAUGGAGUAAAAGUACUUAUUUUUUUCUUGUUUCGCUUCAAUUGACAAUUAAGUCGAUUAUUGUUACAAUAUUUAGUAAUUUUACAGUGUUAAAUAGUUUGAGUGACUCUUGGACAAUUUUAUUUGUAGGAAUUAACUAGUGUAACUGGUUCUGAUGGUUCAUAUAGACUUUUAGUCUACAUAAUUAACACUUUUUUCAGCAGUGUGAAAUAGAUCUACUAAUAGAAGUAGACUAACUGAUUCAAAUUGCCUUAAUCAGAUGAAAUAGAAUUAAUUUUAAAAUGUGAAAUAUUAGUCUUAAUAUUAAUUUCUAGAUUGUAUUAAAUGGACCAGAUAAUGGACUUGACAAAACUAGUUAAUUCAGUAGAUCUGCUUACAGAAAACCAAAUGCUAGAGGUUUAAUUUCAGCAUGUAAAAAAAAUACUAAUGAGAAAAAUUACAUUUGUAGCAGAAAGGAACGGGACAAGUAAAUUGAUAUUGAUCUACACUAUGGAGUACUUAUGUCUGUUUUAGUUGGUCCAUUCAUAAAGAAUAUUUAGGUCAUAAUUUAAAAUCUAUUUUUAAACAUAAGUCACUUUUUAAGAGGCAUUAGGAAAAGUAUUCUGCUAUAAGCUGUCAGCCUGUAGUUGUAUUAGUUUAAUUGGGAAUUAUUAAAACAAAGUUCCCAGUUUACAUUCCCUUAUUACUGACCUCAGAGUCAGUCACUUCUUACCUAAUGUAGGUAUGUUUGAUUGUUCAGGUGAGUCCUCAGAGUUUACCUGAUUUAGUUGCAACUCAAAUGAAUAUUUGAGAUUAAAAAGCAGGUCAAGGGAAACAAAGCUGAUGUUUUAAUAUGUGAAAAUAACACUCCAAUGUUUAUUUUGUACUUAAAGUUGUUUUUAUGUUUUUUGGAUAACCCAACUUGGAUUUCUUGGUUGUUGUCUGGUUGGUCUGUAUUUUUGAAAAGGAAAAUAAACAUGAACCAUUCUUAAUGUUGCUCUGUGCUGUGUAUUACAAUCAAAGAGGUAUAAUGUUUACCAUGUUCACCAUCUUGGUUUAGCUGUUAGCAUGUGAACAUUUGCUAAUUAGCACUAAACACGAUACAGCUUAGGCUGAUAGGAAUGACAUUAGUACCAAAAUAUUGAAUUAAAAUACUGGGAAACCAGGGAUCACCAAAGUGUUUAGAAUUCAUCCUGAGUGAUAUGAACAGCUAUACAGCAUGUCAUGGCAGUCCAUCCAACAGUUGUUGAUAUAUUUGAUCCUGGACCAAAGUGGUGGAUCCAUCAACAUACCGACAGACUGACAUUGCUAUAUUAGUGCUCUUCACCUAUCAUGACUAAGAAAAACUAACAGACAAAAGAAAUAAUGAAAAAACAAUCUUGUAAGAAAUUGCUCA